UCAAGCCCUUGUUAGAAUUAGAAGCACCUGCAAGAUCCGUUAGAGGAAAUAAUAAUCGCACGGUCCUGGAAGCGUGUGGAGUCUGGGAAAAGCUAUUUCAUUCAACUGAGGCCAUUCCAGCAGGUUGGUGUAAUCCAGUAUUUUUACAUAGAAGGCCUCCCAGUGUGGUGUAACUACACAUGAACCGGGAGCACUUUGUGUGCUGACUUGUACAUUUGUCCAGGUAACGGUUAAAGGUGAGCGCUUGUAAGUCUCGAAAUCUCAUCCGAGUCAGUUUAACGUCUUUUAGGUGACGCGCGUUCACGAGCCUUCCUGGCCGCCCUGUUAUGCCGUGGAGCUCGCUCCCGCGCCGCGCCAGCCACGCAGAGGGGAGACGGUUCGGUUCGGAACACCUCUGGCUCUCCCGGAGUUCGGCUUCGGUUCUCCGCUCCACGACGACGGUUGUAAAAAUCCGGGAUCUGGAAUUGUUCGAGAAGCCGAGAGGAGCCGCGCGGAGAAGCUCCGAAAAGUUGUUCAGAGCUUCCUUCCGUUCCUCUGAGGAGAGAGUCUCCGCCACAAGUCACGACUAUUAGGCUCUAAUGGCCACAGGAAGUUCUGAAGACUCUUGGGAAUUACAAGCCAAGUCUUAGGAAAAGCUCCUCCUCCUCCUCCAUUCACAUUCUGCAUUCAUCCCGAUGAGGCUCUUCCUUCCUCCGACGGGGUUCAGACCGGGCAUUUGUCCACUCAUGUGAAGACUGGAUUGUGGUCAUCCCUGGUCUGCCACCCUUUGCUGUUCAUUAUUUCUUCAUGGAGAGCUUUCCUGUGCACUGACCUGACUGGCCGCCUUUGGAAGCAACAGCGAUGUCGGCCUGCAGCACUUUCACUGAGCAUGUGUGGAAACCCGGCGAGUGCAAGAACUGCUUUAAACCUAAAAGUCUGCACUUUCUCGGUCAGGAUGUUGGUGGGAGACCUCCCUCAGAACAGAGGCUUUUAUCCAAUCAGCAACAAAAUUCACCUCCAGCUGGGAUCCAAGCCAACCCCAACCCUAUUACUAACUCCCAGAGGGCUGGGAGUGGACCUGCACGCUCAGGACACGUCCGUCCCCCAGUAGCCAAGAAGCCAACCAUUGCUGUUAAGCCCACUAUGAUGCUGCCCUGCUCUUCUGCUGAACUGGAUUCAGAUGGCAACUUGCAGCAACCUACUAAUGCAAUAGAAGCAGGUACAAAUUCUGCCUUCUCUGUCUGGAAUCGUAAUGGACUCAAUCGUAAGAGUCCUGGUGGACCCAGUAACAACAAUGAUGGAGAAGAAGGCAGUGAGGAAAUUGAAGGCUAUGGACAGCUUAGCCCCAGGACACCCAGUGGAAAUAAUAACUGCAGUGGACUCACAGACGUCCUCAAAGAGAUUGCUGGUUUGGGCCCUGACUCUAACUCCACACCCUUAUGUGGGUCCAAGGAUAUAUUCUGGGGGCGAAUCAGUCGUUCGUAUCGAAAGUCCUUGGAAAGAGGCCAACAAAUGUCUAGCUGUCUGUCCAUAGGAAGCAGCAGCAGCAGAAGUGGUGGCGGUGCUAAUCAAAAGCGCGUAUGCCUCAGUGAGAGUCCUAAGGUAAUUAGUACUGAAGGAGGGCGCUUCUGCUACCCAGAGUUUUCCAGUGAGGGUGAAGAUGAUGAGGAUGAGGAUGGAGACACUGAGAAGGAUGAUGAAGAUCACGAGAGCUGGGAUGAAAGUGAUGAAGAGUUACUUGCAAUGGAGAUCCGUAUGCGUGGCCAACCACGAUUUGCACAUUUUCGUGCUGCCACCUUGUCUCCUGUACCCUUUGCUGCUGGAAAAAAAUGGAACACUGUGCCACUUCGCAAUCGCUCACUGCAGAGAAUUUGUGCGGUGGACUAUGAUGACAGCUUUGAUGAAAUCCUGAAUGGAUACCCCUCAGUAGGGUCUGAUGAAAGUCUUCUUCCCUAUGGUCUUCAGCACAAGCAGGGCAGUGCUUUCCUGUCAAAUUCAGAAUCGACUACUUCUCCAGAGUCAUCGUCGUCACUACAAGAGGAUUCUCAAACUACUUCCAGCAGUGGGAGCAGUGCCCUCUAUGUCUGUAAAAAUGUCUUGCAUUCACCCACUUCUUGUAAAGCACCUGUUCAAUGCACAUCUCCCCCAACAAAAGAGCCUGUGAAAACACCAUUGAGUCCAGUCAGAGUGGCUGAAACACACAAAGCUGUUCUCGCCAUUAGAUUAGAAGAACAAGAUGGUAGGGAAAGCAUGCCUCAGGCCCUUCCUGGUCAACCAGUCACCAUCUGUUUUAGUCCCACAGAGGAGCAAGCAAAACCAUACCGCGUGGUAAAUCUGGAAAAAUCUGUCGUAUGCAAGCCGUACACUGUGGUGGACGUUUCAGCUUCUAUGGCAAAUAAAGAGGACCAAAUUCCAAAUUCACAACAAUCCAAAAACCCGUUAAAACCCUCCAGCCCUACAUUGUUUUCUAGCGCUCCUUUAGUUCAGCCACUCUCCCCAGUGCCUCCUAUUUCACCAUCUUUUCCUUUAAGGCCAACAUCACCCACAGCUGCUGCUCAGUCAGGACUCCCACGAAAGACCAAAGGCUUUGUCCGCUACCAAGAAGUGUGGACAUCAAGUACAAGUCCUCGCCAAAAGAUCCCUAAAGUGGAUCUAGGGGUUGGAAGUGCCCCUGGUACCUCCAUCACAUCUCAGUUCUGCAGUCAUAAAUCAGCUCCCACAUCCCCUGUGGCAGGGUUGUCUUCCUCCCGGACUGUACCUAUAAAAUCCCCCAACCUAUCAGAGAUCAAGUUUAACAGUUUUAACAAUGCAGGCAUGCCUCCUUUUCCUAUUAUUAUUAGAGAUGAACCAGCCUAUGCUCGCAGCUCCAAGAAUGCUGUCAAGGUACCUAUUGUUAUCAAUCCAAGUGCGUACGACAAUCUCGCUGUGUACAAGAGCUUCCUGGGACUCCAUGGGGAGCAGUCUCAAACAAACAGGGCCAGUAGUAGGGUUACCAGCCAUACUUAUGAAGAAAUCGGAUCCUCUGAGAGUGUUCAUUCGUUCUCAACAGAUAAAACUCUCUCUGGGAGAGGCACAUCCGAGCCGGCUUCAUUUGAGGAGAUAAAGUGUCCACUUGAACUUAAAACCACUACAAAUGCUUGCACUGCACAAAGCACGGGGGGCUUCUCUCCAUCUACAUCUGCCAAUAUUCCCCUUACUGCAAACCUGACUAAAGUUAGUCUUUCUGGUAAUACUGUUAAACAGAGUUAUGCAGAUGGUGAGGAUACAUCUAGUAAAGACGAUGAUGGAGACAUAUCUCUAUCUUCUGGAACUGUUACAAGCCACAGGGAGGAGGCUAGUACUGUAUUGUCACAGAUAGUAGCCUCUAUUCAACCUCCCCAAUCUCCUCCAGCAUCCCCCUCUGCACAAACCGACACCUUUGGUUCUGAGGAGCUGUAUGCUCUCCCACCUGAUGCCAGCAAGGAGAUCCUUACUCGCCCUAAGUCUCUCUUUUCCACCACAGAUGGUUGUCUUUCCAAGCAGAAAAAGGAAACCCCGUCAAAAAUCUUGUCUAAAUCCCAGAGUGCCUCUGCUGCUGUCCCACUGUCCAGUCCCUGCUCAGAGCCCAAUGCCCCCUACCCCCCUCCAAGAUCCACAUCUUCCCCUUAUCACGCUUCCAACAUAUUUCAGAGGCAUUUUUGCAACUGGACCAAGGGCCCUGCCUCCAGUUCGCCUGUGCGGCCCGGUGACGGAGAAACAAGCCCUAGUGGGGAAGGAAGACGUGUUCCAACUGACAGCUCCAAACCUAAAAGGUGGAUUUCCUUCAAAAGCUUUUUUCGCAGACGGAAAGACUCCGAUGAGCAGCGAGAGAAGGCAGAAAAAGACAAGGAGAAGGGUAAGCUUGUUGGGCUAGAUGGAACAGUCAUUCAUGUACUUCCACCUCCACCUGCUCAGCGUCAGCACUGGUUCACAGAGGCCAAACAAGACGAUCCCUCUCAGAAACCAACCAUUAUUUUCACCUACAAACCCGAGGCACGCCCUGGUGAUGGACAAGGAGAGCUGCGAGUGGAGAGAAGAGAAACUGAUUUACCAGCAGAUGGUGAAAUCAAAGAUUGUAGAAGUUUGGGUGGAGAGCAAACCCAGUCCUCAGAAACCACCAGAGAAGACGACGUUUGCACAGACCUCAGCCAGGUUCCAGUGAGCCGGGCCAGAACCCAGGAGCUACCCAGCAUCAUCUCUCUGCCUGCCAAAGUCAAUCUGGGCCUGGUGUUUGGGGAGAGUGGGGGGAGCCGUGCUAACCUGGUUACCGCUACGGCCUCGGCCAGCGAGGGCAGCGCCAGCCUGGGAGAGCCUGAAGAGGAUGGGAAUCACUCUACCACCUCCAGCCAGCGCAGUGCCACCUACAGCAACCUAGGACAAUCCAGAGCCAACAUGAUCCCACUGAAGCAGCCACGGAACAUCAAAUCAUCCAGCGAUACCUUGGCCUCCAUUGACCUGGAUGUCUCCACUGAUCAUCUAGCACCGAAACCAGCUCCGCCUCCACUCCCUAAGAAGGUGGUUCCUCGCUCUAGCACUGAACCCAUUCUGGGAUGUAAAGAGAAUACCCAUGGACCCCUGAGACCUCGAGCUGAGGCUAAACCUGGUGGCACCAAUCUGAGCGUGGCCAACCCCAUCUAUGACCUGGACUCCACCUGGGAGACGGCUAGCCAGGGCUCAUCCCUCAGCUCUGAGGCUCAUCGAGCCCAAGACCAUGACAGUGGUGACUCCUUGGAGAGGCCUUCAGCUUCCAGCAAGGCUCGCCUUACCAACAGCACGUCCUCUCUGGUUCCCCAGCCUACAGCUGCUGCUCCCACCUGUGAUAGGGACACCAGAGCGUUCCUGAGUACAGAGUCUCUGGCUGGCAGGGGUUGGGCUGCAGGCCGAGGUGCUGCUGGAAGAGGAUGCUCCAAACCUCAGAGACCUGCGCUCUACAGGGGCCUGGACAGCUGGGACGAGGUGGUGGGAAGGAUCAGAGGGCUGCACACAGACACCCUGAGGAAGUUGUCAUCUAAGUGUGAGGAUCGCUUCAUGGCCGGCCAGAAGGAUCAUCUGAGAUUUGGCACCCACAGCUGGUCCCACUUCAGGCUGACCACCGGUAAACCAUGCUGUGAGGCGGGAGAUGCUGUCUACUACACCGCCUCCUACGCCAAGGACCCACUGGUCAGCUACGCCAUUAAGAUUUGUCGGAGCGACAUGAACGACACACAGCAGCAGUUUUUCCACAGUCUGGCUGUGAGACAGAGUCUUCCUGUCCACUUCAACAUCCAGCAGGACUGUGGACACUUCCUGGCUGAUGUCCCCGUCCGAAUGCUGCCCUGGGAGGAGGAAGAUGAGGACGGUGAAGAGAAGGAGGGAGACAUGGAGACAAACGCAGAGAGAGGCGGUAAGCUGAAAGACUCUCAGGCUUCUUCCUCCAAUGAUAAACUAGGAGAAGCAGCAGGGAACCUGAAGACGGCUGGUGGUCUGAGGAGUCGGGUGGUGGUGAUCACCCGAGAGGUUCCGUUCCAAACGGUGGCGGACUUUGUCAGAGCAGGUGCAAGCAGACAUGAAAGCCACCCAGAGCUGUACGAGCGACAGGUCUGCCUGCUGCUGCUGCAGCUCUGCUCCGGCCUGGAGCACAUGAAGCCCUACCAUGUGACCCACUGCGACCUGAGGCUGGAGAACCUGCUGUUGGUCCAGUGCCAACCCGGAAACCCCUGGAACCUGGAUUUCCUGGAGCCCAACAACAAUAGCAGCAGCAACUCUGGUGCGAGCGCCGCUGCCACCACCACUUGCCCCGCCCGCCUCAUCAUCAGCAACUUCUCUCAAGCCAAACAGAAGAGCAGCCUGAUGGCGUCCGACCCCGGCACGCUGCGCAAUCGAUCCAGGCUGGCCCCGGAGAUCAUUACAGACACGCAGUAUCGCAAGUGUGACGAGUUCCAGACGGGCAUUCUCAUCUACGAGAUGCUGCACAGACCCAACCCGUUUGAGGAAGUGCCGGACCUGAAGGAGCAGGAGUACACGUGGGAGGACCUGCCUCCUCUGCCCGUCAGGUCGCUGUAUUCCCAGGGCCUGCAGCAGCUGGCCCGGUUGCUUCUCACCGUUAACCCGUCCGAGCGCAUCCAGAUAUCCGAGGCCCGAGCCUGUUUGCAGUGCCUGCUCUGGGGCCCCCGGGAGGACCUGUUCCAGGCUCUGGGCUGCAGCAGCGUGUCGGGGGCCACCGCGGGUCAACGCGAGGCCACGCUCCAGAACUGGCUGGACCUGAAGCGGACUCUAAUGAUGAUUAAGUUUGCAGAGCGCUCUCUGGACACGGCGUGCUCUGUGAGCCUGGAGGACUGGCUGUGCUGUCAGUACCUGGCCUCGGCCACCAUCGACACCCUGAGCCUGGUGGUCCACAUCCUGCAGCAGCCGCCCCAGACCCAGCAGAACCAGACGCACCUCGCUCACACCCUCCACUUGACUCAGUCACAGCCACUCUGAACUCCAAGCCGUUACCAUGGCAACUUCCCCUUCCCUCUGUGAUCCCUGAACAGGAACCAGCUGCUGCAGAGCUGGAUCCUCAUUGGUCCACCCAGGAAGGGGUGGGGUCUCAUGAAGGUCAUCACAUCACACGCUGCUCCACCGAUCAGCAGGCUGGUGGACAGCUGAGACUGACUCAAGUUUGGUCCUGUCCCAUCCGUCAGAGCAGAUCAGUCACACGGACACGUUAGAUUAGAGAACAUGCCGGGUAUGUUCUACAGCCCAAGAUCAUCCGGGAGGUUCAUCAGCUGGUAGGCCAACGUAACGGCUGUCCUCCUUUAGGGUCAGAACCACCCCAGCUGCUGGUUUAUGGGCUUUUAUUUGGUUGCUGUCGGAGGAAAAACACGAGAUUGGAUCGAUCUGAAGUUAGUGUACUGGCACAUAAGCGUCCUUUUAUUUCAGCUCUCAUCUCUUAAAGCAACGUGGGUUUGGUUCUGAACGCUUCCUUGUUACUGGUGACCUUUGCACCAUCAGCUUUCUGUCGGUGUAGGACACCUGAUGUCCCACUGAGACAGUGGACAGGAGAAGGAGUUAAGGAUGCUGACUAAGUCAGAAUCCCACCCAUCCGCUAACUCCGUGUUUUCCCUCCACCAGCCAAUCACGAUGCAGCGUCUCCAGCCCGGAGAGGUUGAGACUGUUUUGGUCCGGUUGAACCUAAAAACAGUUUGGGCUUAAAGGGACUGUAAGGAAGUUUGAAGUUUUUAUGCUCGCAAUCGCCACUCAGACGAACUGCAGUUUCAAUAGUAGGCUCGUGCACGAGGCGUGCAUGCUGUACGUGCACACUCCUUAACAAAAAUAACAGCUGAGACAGUCGUGUGUGUGUGUGUGUGUGUGUGUGUGUGUGUGUGUGUGUGUGUGUGUGUGUGUGUGUGUGUGGCCCGGAGGACAGAGGACAGGAGAACAUACAGCUAUUUAAUUAAAUAAUUUGGUUCUGUACCUUUCUCUUCAGCACAGCCGACAAAGGUUUAAGAUGGGUCAGUCCUCCUGCAUGCUCAGAUCAUUCCCUUCCCUUGCUUGAAAAAUUGUUCCAAAAUGAAAGUUGAACCCACAUCUUUUUUACCUGUGAAUUCAAUGCCGUUCAGCGAGCCUCAAAUAAAAAUUUGGGCAUCUUACUGUAAAAAAAAUAUACCAUUAAUGUAAAAAAUAAACUCUAAAUUAACUAUGUUGACAUCCAGAAUCGAACCCAGGUCUUCUGCAUGAGAGUCAGACAUCUUACUAGGUGAGCUUUACUCUAUUAACAGUCACAGUAUCUGUAAGUUUUAUAUUCUUGAUGACAGCUGAAACAACGUCAAACCAAAGAACGGUUCGGAGCGAAAAUGGCUAUUUUGUUGCUCAUUUGCAGGAAAUAUCUAGAAGAAAGUAGUUAAGGUUCCUCAGAAAUGUAGCUAGCUUUGUCACUAGGCGUUAGGAACAGCGACAAAGUGGCACUGCCUCUCUCUCUGCUGCUAAAGCUACUGAUAGCAAAUGCUACAGGCUAUGCCUGAGCGUGAACGCGCAUGAAGCAGCCUGCUCAACCCGAGCAGCUCUCUUUUUCUGUGAUUUUACAGAAAAACAGGCAAUCACAGUAAAAAUGCCAGGGCUCAUUCUACAGGACCAGGGCAUUGCAGGAGAAUGUAUGAAGAAGAAAAUUAUUAUUUCUAUACAUGUUUUGGCUGUCAAACUUCCUUAUAGUCCCUUUAAACACAAAUGUCCAAAAAUGUUUCUCCACAAGUUUUUUGGCUCCGAUAAAAGUUUUGAUUUCCAGACUUCUAUCCUGAAACUGAAGUUCUUUUUGUUACUUAGCCCUGAAGCCAGCGAGCCAGGAAGUGGUUGUAAAGUUGUAGUUCAGUCUGAGAUCCGGACCUUAGGAGCUCAUCCUUCUCCUGUGCCAGUCAUGUGAAAGUUACAUCAGAAGACAUCCCGACUCCAGAGUUUCUCUCAGACUGUGACUGACGAGGACGAUGGUGAAGAUUCUCAGCCAUGACCUUCAGAGUCCUAUGUGGAAACAGCUAGAUUUCUCUUUUCUCUGCGUGUUCAGCUCCAGAAGCUGGGCUGGAGGUAGGAGGCUCAGACGCUGCGCUGAUAGGGCAAUAGAGAUCACUACUGAGCGAUAAGGAGCCUCCCUGUCCGAUCGGCUCAUGGGUUCCUGGAAGGUCUCAAGCGUCUGGCCCCUCCCUCUUUUCAGCUUCCUGUUUGUGUCAUCGGUGCUGACGAUUCUCGUGGACAUUUUGGUGGUUUAUGUGGUGCUGUGGUCUCCUGCUCCAGUGGGAGGAGCCUGGCGGUGAGGCUGAAGGUACCCUUUAGCAUCUUAGAAGAGAAGCUUCCUUUAGAAACAGAAACCAACAGUGGAACAUGGCGGCUGUCCCGGGUCAUGUGACCAAAGCAGGUCACAUGGUGGCAUCACUGGUGACACUAGCGGGGGAUGGAGGAGAAACCCAAGUUUUAGAACAGAUGGCACAGUUUGGUCUCCAUGGCAACCAGACUUGUUUUUGUUUAAAAGACCAACCAGAACACGUUUUCUACUUUACCUGCAGCAGGUGUGCUUUAGGGAUCAGCUGAGGUGUGACGUGUGUGACAGCACUGCUGGCUGGCGUCUUGAGAGAUUAUAUAGUCAAAACCACAGAAUUAUAAUCUUCAUCUAUUGUAAUCCACACACUACAGAGAAGCUCUGUUCUCAGAACGGAAUGAUCUUGUAUCCAUUAGAGCUUCAAUCGAUGUUCUGCCACCGGGAACAGUGUCCUGCUCUAUGGAUCCACACACACACACACAUACACACCGAUGUACAGUGUUUUUACUGAGAUUUGUGACCAUGCCUGAUGAAAGAGAAGAACCACUUUGGCUGAAGCGAGUUUUAAACACAACAACUCAGCAGCUUGUGUGAAAAUGCAGAUGUGUGUCUUCUCUGAGAAGGUGAAGAACACAAGUUCUAGUGCUUCUGUACAGAUGUGUCUGCCAUCUUUGUUAAGCAGCUGUAGCAAAACAAUAAAUCUAUGUUUUUGAUAAA